UUCACAAGCACCAUUCACCAUGGACAUGAUAGUGACCUCCCGCAGAAGGGCUCUGGAGACACGGAGUAUCCGCGCGCGGUCCUCCACUAUGCGCUCGUGGGCUAAAAGCAGUCCUCUGUCUUUCAAAAGAUCCACAAAUAUGGCCGCAUCCAGGGCUGCGUACAGCCCCGCCGUGCUCGCGUCUCCGGAAGGCUUCGAGCUGAGCGCGGCGCUCAGUGGAGAUCCGGUGCGCAGUAACGAGAAGGAGCAGCUCCAGGGGCUCAACGACCGCUUCGCCAGCUACAUCGACAAGGUUCGCUUCCUCGAGGAGCAAAACAAGCAGCUGGAGGCAGAGAUCCAAGCGCUGAAGCAGCAGAACUUUUCGCAGUCCCUGCAAAGCGAUGCGUACGACCGCGAGCUCCAAGACCUGCGCUGCGCCCUGGAGCAGCUCCACAAGGAGAAGGCGCAGAUGCUGCUCGACAUGGACCACGUGGAUGAGGAUCUGCAGCGGUUCCGGGAGCGCUACGAAGAUGAAGCCAGGCUCAGGGAGCACACGGAGGCUGCGAUCCGGGGCAUGAAGAAAAACAAGGACGACUCGCUUCUGAUGAAGCAGGAGUUGGAAAGGAAGGUCCAGGCGCUCGUGAACGAAAUGGACUUCUUGCGGCAGAACCACGAGGAGGAGAUCAGCGAGCUUCUGGCUCAGCUUCAAGCCGCGCAGGUGCCGGUGGUGGAGAUGAGGGACCUCCAGAAGACCGACAUCACCUCUGCGCUCCGGGAGAUCCGCGCGCAACUGGACGGGCUCUCCUCCAAGAACCUCCAGCAGGCCGAAGAGGUGUUCAAGUGCCGCUAUGCCAUGCUGACGGACGCCUCGGAACACAACAAGGAUGCUAUGAAGUCCAUACGGGACGAGAUCGCAGACUACCGCCGUCAGAUCCAAGCCAAGAACAUUGAGCUGGAGGCUCUUCGUGGCACCAAAGAUUCAUUGGAAAGGCAGCUGCAUGAUAUCGAAGACCGCCACAACACCGACGUUGCUAGUUAUCAGGAAAUGAUUCACCAACUGGAAAAUGAUCUGAAGGGAACAAAAUGGGAAAUGGCUCGUCAUCUUCGGGAAUACCAGGAUCUGCUUAAUGUCAAGAUGGCACUGGAUGCUGAAAUAGCAGCUUACAGGAAACUGCUGGAGGGUGAGGAGACGCGCUUCCGUACCGUCUCCGGAAGUAUUUCAACCCCCGUGUUUGCCUACAGCCAGCCUAAAACCUCUAAGGUCAAACAUAAAAUAGUGGAGGAGAUC